ACUGGGAGUGUUUUAUAGCACAGCUGCCUACUCAGCACGACGUUUGGAGACGUGUUGUAUGUAAAAAUACCCGGGCGUUUUUAGAGGUCGGGAGAACGUACGCACUGCUGCACAUUGAGCGAGGACUGUAGCUAAGACAAAGUCAUUCGGCUAACUUUUAAGUGCUAAACAGUCGUCGAGCAAAAUUGAACUUCAUCGAUCGCGGAUAGUUCGCCAGAAAAUACUCAGCGGAAGUCAAACUAGGAUUAAACCCUGUGUUUGGACAUGGAGUUUUUUACAAAGAGCUAUACUGAUGCAUGAGCCAACUAACUUUUCUUUCCUCCACGGUGGUAAAAACGGUUGUGUCGUAGUGGCAUACAUUAGCUAGUGUUAGCACGCUAGCUAGGAGCAUUUAGCUGCCAGCCCAGCAGUAAGUUACAGCAGUGUGCUACUGACCGUGGGAAGGACUUCACAUCUAAUUCAACUUUGUUAAUGACAAUGUCGUUCAUACGUUUUGCAACAGGUAGACCUUUUGCAAGCACGACGCCGCAGCAAAAAACAUCUGAAAUUUAGAAACUUCGCCGAUAUCUAUUGAAUGUUGGUGACUCAGGGUUGUACUGCGGGCAAUGUCAUGAGGUGUAGUUUGUCUUUUUGGCUCGUGUUUUGAAGAUUGUUCCCGUGUUUUCCGAAAAACGAAGUCACCCCAAUGAUGCAGUGCUUGGAAACCGUCUAACCCCCGCUACCGACCGACCAUGUUGGAUCAUACAGAAUAACACCAGAGUUGGACAGGAACAGGAGACGAGCUUCAAGUCGCGCAGUUUUGCUCCAUAUUUUUGUUCUCAUGCGAACAGUAGGAACACACAAGGAAACAUUUCUUUUGGCCUAGGGAUACAGUCGCUUUUUCUGAAGUCUUCGUCAGUUUAUGCAUCAAAAUGUCGGCCAUCUCUGCAUCCGAGAAAGUGGACGGGUUUACGAGAAAGUCCGUGAGGAAGGCCCAGAAACAGAGAAAAUCCCAAGGCUCCUCGCAGUACCGCACACAGAGUGCUCCAGUGGAGCUUUCACCGCUGCCGCAGCUCAAAGAUGCCCCCUCCACAGAGCAGCAGGAACUGUUCACCCAGAAACUCCAGCAGUGCUGCAUGCUUUUUGACUUCCUGGACUCAGUGAUUGACCUGAAGAGCAAGGAGAUCAAGAGGGCCACACUUAACGAGUUAGUGGACUACGUCUCCACCAAUCGAGGGGUGCUGGUGGAAACUGCAUACCCAGAGAUCACCAACAUGAUCUGCACCAACAUAUUCCGGACUCUGGCACCAAGUGAAAACCCAGAUUUUGACCCAGAGGAGGAUGAACCCACUCUAGAGGCUUCAUGGCCUCACAUGCAACUUGUCUACGAAUUUCUGCUGCGCUUUCUUGAGAAUCCAGACUUCCAGCCCAGCAUUGCGAAGCGCUACAUCGAUCAGAAGUUCGUUCUGCAGCUCCUGGAGCUGUUUGACAGCGAGGACCCGAGGGAGAGGGACUUCCUCAAGACCAUCUUGCACCGGAUCUAUGGAAAGUUCCUGGGGUUGCGGGCCUUCAUCAGAAAGCAGAUCAACAACAUUUUCUUGAGGUUCAUCUAUGAAACUGAUCACUUUAACGGAGUUGCUGAGCUUCUAGAAAUCCUGGGGAGCAUCAUCAAUGGCUUUGCAUUGCCUUUGAAGGCAGAGCACAAACAGUUCCUGAUGAAGGUGCUCAUCCCGUUACAUACAGCUAAAGGACUGGCACUUUUCCAUGCACAGCUGGCCUAUUGUGUGGUACAGUUCCUGGAGAAGGAUCCUACACUCACUGAACCGGUGAUCCGCGGGCUGCUGAAGUUUUGGCCUAAAACCUGCAGCCAGAAAGAGGUCAUGUUCCUGGGUGAAGUUGAGGAGAUUCUGGAUGUCAUUGAGCCUACACAGUUCAAAAAAAUCCAGGAGCCACUGUUCAAACAGAUUUCUAGAUGUGUGGCCAAUCCCCACUUCCAGGUAGCAGAGCGAGCGCUGUACUACUGGAAUAAUGAGUACAUCCUCAGCCUCAUAGAGGAGAACAUCGACAAGAUCCUCCCCAUCAUGUUCGGUAGCCUGUACAGAAUCUCCAAAGAGCACUGGAAUCCGACAAUCGUAGCUCUGGUGUACAAUGUGCUGAAGACAUUGAUGGAGAUGAACUGCACACUGUUUGAUGAGUUGACCGCCUCCUAUAAAGCAGACCGACAACGAGAGAAGAAGAAGGAGCAGGAGCGUGACGAGCUGUGGAAGAAGCUGGACGAGCUGAGGCUGAGCAAUGCCACUCUAGUACAGAACAACAGCCACGGUCUCCAGAGUAUCCAAAACAACAACAACAACAACAACAACAACAAUAGUAAUAAUAAUGACAACCAGGACAAGGCCACUGACACAGCCGCCGUCACCACCACAGACGACAAAGAUCCUGACGUCACCGAGGCAGCCAGUAAGAGCACCCCAUGUGCCAAAUGACAUCGGACGUCAGAUUUUUUAUUCCCUAACGGUUUGACACCGUGUUCAGGACUGUCAUGGGGGGAUUAACGGAGACGGAAAAACACAAAUUACACCUCAGCAGUAUAUUAAAUCUUAGAGUGACUUAGAAUGCCAGCAUUUCUUUGUCCAAACACAAAAAAAGAAAAAAAAAAAAAAAAAAGAUAUUUCAACUUAAGACUAUUUUUGGAUGUUACAGUGUGGCUGCAGUAUAUUGUGUAUUUGUCUGAUCAAAGAUUUAUCCUUUCGCAUUUAGUUUCUUAACUGAAAAUGAUUUUUUUUUUGUUAUAUUCAUUGUAUGAUACACGGGAGGGGAGAAAAUAAUAAUGACUUGAAUUCAAUGUUUCUGAUUGUGCUGCACUUAGACAAGCUGAAUAGCUAUUUAAAGAUGUCUAUUUUUUAAUGUGCUUUUUUCUCGUUGCUGCCAACACUUGGGUGCAAACCUUAAGGAAGAAGGGAACUGCAGACUUUUGGGAGUAUUGAGGCAGACGGGACCAGACCCAUAAUUUUAGACAUGUAGUUUCCAGAAAUGUUUGUAUAGAAAAGGGCUGUUACUAGGACAGUGGAAGAUGGUCACCUACUGUUAGAGAUGAACGGGAGGUGCACGGCCAAAAGAAAAAAAUCCUAUAGAGUAAUAACCUUGGAUAUUGUUUGAUAUCUCUAUGAAUGACUCUAGUUGGGACCGUGGAGUUAAAACGUGUUCACAAUUAUGGUAAAUGUCAUAUUUGUGAGAUUAUUUUUGUGUUUCAGGUGUUGGUAAAUAUUUUUUUAUCUGGGUGAAAACAUAAAGCUAAUACUUGUAACACAACACUUGCUUUUAUAAGAUUAUUUACACUAAAGUAUUGAGAGGGGGCUUUCAAAGAAUGAAAUGUUAGAAUUAAAGGAAUAGUUAAGCAUUUUUGGGAAAUAUUGUUUGUCUAUUGGUUUUCCUGCCGAGUUAGAUGAGAAGAUUGAUACAACUCUUUGAACUGUAUGUAAAGUUUGAAGCUACCACCAUUAUCUGCUUAGCUUAACUUAGCACACAGCUAGCAUAGCUCUGCCCUACGGCCUACCAGCACCCCGAAAGCUCACUAAUUAACACUUCUAUAUCUUGUUUUUGGGCCUGUAAGUAAAUACUGUAAGUAUUUUGAUUAUCAAUUAAUCAGACAGUUAUUUUCUCCUUUUUAAUCAAUUGUUUUAUCUAUAAAAUGUCAGAAAAACGGUGGAAAUGCCUGUUGUAAUUUCCCAAUCAGAAGUUGUUUUGUGUUCAAUUUAUCAUCACGUGAGAAAGAAAUGUCACAUUUGAUGAGCUGAAAACGGCAAAUUUGGAAAUUUUGGGCGUUUCUGCUUAUUUAAUUAUCAAGAUAAUUGCAGUUUUUCUGUCAAUGCUUACAGUAAUUGCAGCUGUAACUUCUCCAUUUACCCACCCCUAACGGAACACGCAUUAAUUCAAGGUGCUGAUUGGCAGAUUUUGUUGUCUGGCUGGCUGUUUGACUCUGAAUGCUACAAUAAGCUGCUGGUUGUAAGCUAUUGACUGUAAAGAUACUAGAGGGGUGUUGAUCUUCUCUUCUGACUCUCUGAGAAUAAGCAUAUUUUCCAAAAUGUUAAACCGUUCCUUUUUAAAGUAGUAGCUAAAACGAGUGAAACCAUGACACCUACAGUACUAUAUUUUUCCAGAGUAUUGAUGAGGCAAAUAUUUUUGAAUGUUUCAUUUUGCUGAUGGAAUCUGAUGGGAUGCAGGAUGCGCUUGAGUGUAUAUUUGUUGAGUGCAUAUAUGUGUAUAUGAUAGUUUGGAGGCUACUUAAAGGGAAAUGCCACUCAAUUUAAGAUUUUAUGUACAGUAUAUUGUUUCUGUGGUCUAGGAAAGUGCAGUCAGUGCUUAGGAACAUGAAUUAAAAAGACUUUUCGACACAGCUGAUUUUGUGUAUCCGUAACCUUACUGAGUUUUUAUAUCCAAACAAAGCUUAUUAUGAAGUAGUGAUAUCAAGAAAAUGGACGCUUCACACCAGAAGAUCCCACAAGAUUGUUUUUACAAGUAAACUUUUACCAUCCAUGCCUGAUCACGCUCUCUUUCUCCAGACUCGAUAACCUCAUAUGCGCUUUUGUUUUCCAGGUUGUGAUGUUGAGAGUUGAUAAGCCUGUGUUCAUGAACUCCAUUAGACUGCCAUAGAUCAUGGGAACGACUUCUGAGAGUUUUUAAAUUGAAUGGUGUUCCCGCUGAACCCCGAGUGUCUGCCGUGUACUUUUAUGUUAAUAUUUUAGGUUGAGUCUAUCUGAUGCCUUUUCUGUCAGUACAGCAUUCCAAUCUCUGUGACGUUAAAAACUGCGUGGGGAACCUGUUUUGUAAUCGCAGAUCUUAUGUAGGUUUCACCAUCAAAUAAAGUCUAUCUUUCUACUCAAA